AUGUUCAAGGAAAGAGCUGAAAAUGCGAUGUAUGAUAUGAUAGAAAAAUCAGACUGGAUGCUUCAUGUUAUUACUGGACUUAAACUGAUGGGAAAUUUGACAGCAUCUGUGAAAUAUGGCAAGUAUGGUUACCAUUCUGUGAUCCACAAUGAAACUAUGGUUGGUGUAUUGUCUUCUGGAGGAUGGAGCGGAAACUCAUGA